AUGUCGUUAAUUUCAGUUCAUUUUUCCUUUUUUCACAUUGCUCAUACUAAUGAAUCAGUUAAAUUGGAAUGCGAAUUGCAAUGCCAUACUUCAACAAAAAUUAGUUGGACAAAAGACGGCAAAAAAGUCGUGAGUACAUCAACAAGUGGAUAUUCAGCUACUUUCGAUGGAAAAAUAGCUAAAUUGGAAAUAAAUCGAAUGACUGAGGAAAAAAGUGGAUUAUAUAAAUGUAUAGCGAAUAGUGAUUAUGGAGAGACACAAAGCUCGGCAAUGAUUAAAUGGGAAAACUCUGAGGAGGAAAAAAAGAAGAAAGAAGAAAAAAUGGAUUUGGAUAUUCAAGAAAAAACGCAAAAACGCCGAAAAUCAAAAUCUCCAAAACCUCAAGGAGAUGAAGACCAAAUUGUCCCUGAAAAGAGAGUUCAAAUACAUAGCCCUUCUCCAUCAGUUGAUGGUUCAACAACUAAUGAGCGUCGAGUGCCAACAGAAGUGGUAGUAACAGGAGAAGAUGGAAUUCCUUCAUCCGGACUUAAAAUUCCUCCAGAACGUCGGAAAGAAUUAAUUCGAAUGAGUGGAGGUGCUGGAGGGGAAGAAUCUGAUGAAGAUAUAACAGAAUCUAUUUCUGAACAACCACAAAAGAAAGAUUCAAAAAAACCUUCCGUAACAAUUAAUGAACCUCCUCAAAAGUCAAAAGGCGAGAAGGAAAAGUCAAAAUCAAAAUCUCCAACUCCAACGCCUGUUUCUGAUGAGAAAAGACGUUCAAGUGCACUUAGACAAUUGGAAGGCUUACAAGUUGGCAAAAAACGGGAGCAACAUGAAUUUCAAGGAAUACAAUUAAAAAGAACACCAAAAACUAAAAAAGAUGAUAAAAAGGAAGAAUUGGAAAGGCCUGAUUUGAAAAAACUUGAAAAAGCUUCGGAGAAAAGAGUUUCAGUUCCGGAAGAGGAAGUAGAUCCAAUUAGAAGAGAUUCUUUACAUCCUGAAUGGAAUGCUAGGGAAGCUACUGAAUUGGAAGAAUACAAAAGAGCGAGCAUGAGGAGGAGAAGCAGCGUUGAUAUGCGCCGUGAGUCUGUUUCUGAUGUUCUUGAAAGGCCGCCAGUACCUUUAAAAGAAAUUGGAAAGAGUGGAACUCCAGCACGCAUUGUGGAGAUUCCAGAGAAUGUUACUGUUGUUGAAAAUGAAGUUGCCAUCUUUAAAUGUAUUGUAGAGGGCAAUCCAGCCCCCACAUUUGUUUGGAAAAAAGCUGGUAGAGAUGUACCGUUAACUGGACGAGUUCGUUGUACAACAGAUGGGGAAACUGGAUCAGUCUCUUUAAUUAUCGGGAAAUGUAGACAUCAAGACGAGGACGAUUAUUCAUUGGAGGUUAAAAACACUCAUGGAUCUGAUUCUGCUUCAGCUAAAUUAUUAGUUACAUCUGGAGUUGAAUCUAAUCUAGACUUUAGAGCGACACUUAAAAAAAGAGAAACGAGUAUUUCAGAAAAACAAAAACAAGACAGUCAAGACUUUUCUAGAAGUGAAGCUGACAGGCGAGCUUCAAUAUUCACUGGAAAACGUGAAGAACGUUGGGUAGAACCAUUACCUGAAAAAGCACAAUUCCAACAAAAAGUUAAUAAAAUAGCUCAAUUAAAAUGUGUUUAUUCACGUCCAAAUGCCAAAGUCAGAUGGAUGAAAGAUAGAAAAGAAAUAUUUUCUGGAGGACUUAAAUAUAAAAUUCUAAUUGAUAAACAAGCAAUUACUCUGGUUAUUAACAAUCCAGAUCCUGAUGAUAGCGGAAAAUAUACCUGUGAGGCAAAUGGUGUCCCAACACAUUCUAUGGUUACAGUUGAAGAACCUCCAAUGAAAUACAAUUUUUUGACUCCAUUACCAAAUACAUUGGAAAUUUAUAGAACAAAACAAGGCAUUUUAACUUGUAAACUUAACAGUGCACGUGCCCCUCUCGUUUGGCAUAGAGGUGGAAAGCCUAUUGACCCAAACGAUCCUCGAUAUAUACUUGAAAAAGACACAACAGGCCGUUUUACUUUAACAAUUCGUGUUGUUGAACAAGUAGAUCAGGCUGAAUGGACAGCUUAUGUUAGUAAAGAUGUUCUUUCUAAAUGUGCCGUUUAUGUAGAAGAACCUCGUGAUACUUUUGUUGUUCCUUUAAAAUCCCAAAGGGCUAAUGAAAGAGAAAAUGCAACAUUUGAGUGUGAUACUAAUGAUAAGGAUAUUGAAGUUGAAUGGUUUCAUGAUGGAAUAAAAAUUAAAAUGGAUGGUGUUCACUUUAAGGAAGAAAAAGUUGGUCGAAAACGCCGUCUGAUAAUAACAGGAGUUAAAAUAGAAGAUCACGGUGAAUAUAAAUGUACAACAAAAGAUGACAAAACAAUGGCUCAAUUAAUUGUUGAUCCUUUAAAUAAAUUUAUUGUAAAGUUAGAAGACAAGGAAGUUUUUGAAAAGGAGGAUGUUAAUCUAAAAUGUGAGACAAAAGAUACUAGGACACCUGGACAAUGGUUUAGAAAUGGAAAGGCAAUUAGUUCAAUGCCUGGAUCUAAAUUUGAAUUUCAAUCGAGAAGUGGUGUUCACACAAUGAAGAUUAGUAAAAUUGAAAUGGUCAGAUUAAUACUAUUAUUAUUCACUAACAAAUAA